UUAGCAUAUGAAAAGAAAUGCAGUUCAUAAGACUUGUGGGAAGAGUGCACUUGGAACUCUGUUGAUGAAGAGUAAUCAGUCAAAUCAUGGGACUAUUCUUAUUACCUGUUGUUGUUUAGCAGUAUGUCUCACAGUCAUAUUCAUUGAUUAUUGUAAUUGUGUUUUGAAAUAUUUAGAUGUCUAGCUGGACAUAAUUAGUGUCAGAGGAGAUACCAUGAUCAUGAAGGCAGUUUUUCCAGCUAUAAUUAUAAUCAGCCCCUCAAGCCUCACAUUAUUCUCGGCCACCCUUGGACUUUGGUUGUUCAGAUGUUAGUCGACAUAGCUCUACAUACUGAGUUCUUCCUUGCGUGUAAACAAAUAUUAACAAAUGUGUGGAAAUCAUUCACUUCAUUUACACAUCCAAUAUUUCCAAUAGAUUAAUAAAAUAAUGGUCAAAGCACAUGAGUGAUGUAUUAUUUAUUGAAAAAAAAUUUGGGGGGGGGAGUGUUCUGUGUCCCUCUAACAAAUGUUAUUGAUAUGCUGGUAAAAUUAUAUUUAACAAAGUAAUAAUGGAGGGAGAAUUUGGAAUGCAGGGGCCAAGGAGUAAAGUAAUGCUGGUGAUAAUUAUAUUUUCAGCUGUUAGUUUUAUCGGAUAAUAUUAGGUUAGUUUGGGUUUUCAGGACUCCUAACCCAAGCAAAAUAUAAUGCACUGUGGUGUUUAUCACCUAUGGACUAUGUUGAUUUUGCCAAGUUGGAAACAAUUUUGUAAAACAUUUUACCAGAAUGUCAGUAGGAAUUAGGGAGCAAGAGACCUGUUGCUUGACAAGCUACCGUGACAUUUCAUCCGAAGAAAUGGAGACACUGUUUUAGAUCUGGAUGGAACGUUUGAUAAUAAAUAGUUAUUUACUUUGGUUCUAUAUAAUUAUAUUAGCUGAUCACUGGACUUUUUUAAGUAACUGGAACAAAAAGAAUCCAAUUCUAGCAUAUGAGAUUAUUACCCUAUAUAAAUUAUUUUAUUGAAGGUGAAAUGGCGCUGCUCUGGGCACUGGAACAUGACAGGCUACGACGGGAAAGAGUUUUCAGAGACCGUCUCAAUCCUUUAGAGGUCAGCGAUGAUCUCCUCAUACACUAUUAUCGGCUGCCCCGCCAUGAAAUCCUUCAGCUGUGUGAGGAGAUUGGACCACAUAUCCACAGGCCCACAAGUAGGACAAGAGCAAUUCCAAUCCACACACAGAUCUUGGUUGCCCUGCGUUUUUAUGCCAGUGGGACAUUUCAGAAUGUGGUGGGUGAUGUAGCUGGUAUCAGUCAGUCAUCAAUAUCAAGAAUAUUGAAUGAUGUUACUGAGGCUUUGUUGAACAAAGCAAAACGAGAAAUAAAUAUGCCCCAAAAUCUGCAGGAGCUCAUGCUUAUCAAGCAAGAUUUUUAUGGCCUCAGUGGAUUCCCUUCUGUCAUAGGGGCAAUAGACUGCACUCACAUACCCAUCAAAGCACCUGCAAAUGCAGUUGUUUAUCUGAACAGAAAGAGGAAGUACAGCCUUAAUGUACAAGUUGUGGCAGACUCAAAGAUGAGGAUCAUCAGCUUCUGUGCAAGCUUUCCCGGGAGUGUUCAUGACUCCUACAUAUGGCGUCAAAGUGUUCUGCGCCAGCAGUUUGUGGAGGGCCAGUACGGAGACUCACUACUUCUUGGUGAUUCUGGUUAUCCUCUAGAGCCCUUCCUAAUGACACCAGUGAGCCAACCAACAACUGAUGCUCAUCGUGCCUAUAACCGCAGCCACUCUAGGACACGUGUUGUGGUGGAACAGACUUUUGGGGUAUUAAAAUCUCGGUUCCGUUGCUUGCAUGGGUCAGGUGGCAGCCUUCAGUAUGACCCAGUCAAGUGUGCCAAAAUUGCAAUUGCAUGUAUGCUAUUGCAUAAUAUUUGUGUCAGUAGAAGAAUUCAAUUAAAUGAGCCUUUAGUACAAGAGAUUGAAAACAUGGAAAAUGAUGCCUACAGGGGAAAUGAAGUCACAGGGCAGGCUCGACGAAGGGGUCAGGUUGUUUAG